AUGCAAAAUCUUACUACUGCUGGACAAAUUCCACAUUUGGUAAGCCCAAAUUUGUUAAUGAUUUCUCCCGAUAAAGCAAGGAACUCAAAGAAAAGAUCUAGUCAAAGUUCCUGUUCAGCAUGCGGAAGAUGUUGUGGAAGUAUUGCAAUAAUAAUGUUUGCAGUUAUUGCUGUUAGUUGCUGUUAUGCACUCCCUAUUUAUAGUGCUCUAAUGAACUCUAAAUAUUAUGAUUCUUAUGAGGAGCCUAUUUGGAACUGGUCAAUUAUUUUGUCAGGGAUACAGUAUAUAAAAAAUCUGCUUCCCAAUAAAGAAGCAAUAUUCUCAAAAAAUGAUAUAAAUAAUACAACUAUGAGGACACUGGUUGAAGUGGCUGAUCUUAGUAAUGAAACUAUCGAUAUUACCAGAGAUCAUACUACCAGAAAGGCUACAAACUUUAGCAGUAUAGAUUACUUUCGGGAAGAUCUUUGCCAAAAAAAUAAUAGUACUUGGUCAAAGCAUUGUAACUAUGAUAAUAAAAUCACAACAUUUGAAUGUAUUGAUAUGUUGCGUGGACCUACAGUUUGUAUUGGGAUAAGAAAUGGAAGAUAUAAUAUAUUUCUCGUUCCAAAUGCUUGCAAAUUAGUUGAACCACCACUGCCCGUUGAGAUAAUUCCAUCAAUUGCUGAUGGCUGUGUUGUUGAUUCGAAAAACCCCUCAAUAUGCCCAUGCUACAUAGUAGCAGCACCUGUAACCAAGCUUAUUGAUGUAAUGAUAGAUUUACAUCGCACCAUCCCUAAAAAAAUAACAGAAUUAGAUUUUAUAAAUACAGGGACAAGUUUAAGGGGGCGAACUCUAAAUGAAUUUACUCAGUGGUUAGAGAAUAUAAAAAUUGAAUUUUUGGACUGGAUUAAGAAUUUAGAAUUACGGGGGAAAACUACUCCUACAACUACUAGUACUCAAACUACUACUAACAAAUUACAAGCAGUGGAUUCAAAAAUCAAUAGUGCAAUUGGUACAGUUGAUGGUAUAUUAAGUUCACUAGGGGGGUUAGUGACAAAUAUAAGGGGCUUUAUAAGACCUACAACUCAAAAAAAAGUCGGUUAG